AUGUGUGCGGUGGGCGCCCUGGACGAGGCGCUCCCGCGGCCCUGCCUGCAUCUGCCCUCUCCCUUCCUGGAGGUCUUCCUCCUUCCUGUCUCGACCGCGACCUCGCCCGCCAGGGCCCGAAGAUUCCUGACCGUAUCGCGCUUGCGCUGGUUUGCUGGAAUCGACGCCAUGGCGCGCUCUGACAGCGCGCCACUGGAGCCAAUGCGGCUACGGAUGCAGCGAGGUCGAGAACAUGACGCUGGACCCAAGCAACUGCCCGAUAUCACGCGCCUCGUCAACAGUUCACUACCAACAGCAGUCCACUGA